UGGAAAGUUAACUGGAAUAAGUGCCCUCUGUGUCUGCGAAGAUGGAUCUUUCCCAGUUGCUUUAUGAUAUUGACAAUAAUCUUAGUCAAGAAGAUUUUGAAUCUUUGAAAUUUCUAUGUGUGGGUAUCAUUCCAAAUAAAAAACUGGACAAAAUGAGAUCAUGCCUAGAUCUUUUUGAUGAUCUCCAGAAAUCUGAUGUGCUAAGCGAAGACAAUUAUUGCAUUCUGCAGGAAUUACUCUACCUAAUAGGACAGCACAGCCUUCUGAAGAAACUGUACACCAGCAAGAAUGCUAUGAAGGAACGCUUAAGAGAGCAACAAUACGUGUCUAUGUAUAGGAGAAUGCUUUUUGAACUUUCCGAAAGCAUAACGAAGGAGGACCUAAGAAGUAUAAUUUUUCUUCUAAAGAUUCAAGGCAGAUUCACGGAAAACAAG